CACAGGGUCGGCGACCAAACACCACCACCAAACCUGACAAACCUCUCCUCCCUAGCCGCCCGGACCGCUGACCAACCCCUCCCGAUCCCGGAAACCCUCCCCUCCCGGACGCCGAAGUCCCCGGCCGGCUUGACCCCGACCCCGCCGCGCUUCACCGAGUCCGGAAUCUACCCCUAUCUCGAAACCAACGUCGACGCCAUCCCCAUGUCCUUCUCCGAGGAAUCCCUCCCCGAGCAACGCACCGAAAACUCGAUUGCCUUGCACGGGCCCGAGACACCCUUCCGGCACUGGACCGUGGUGCGAGACUUUGUUCAGGGCUUGGUCAACCGCAACGGCUACCAAGAUCUCGUUUCCUACCGCACCACGGUCGAGCGCGCUGAGAAGGUCGGAAAUGAGUGGAAGCUUACUGUCAGGAAAGAAGACGACGAAGGGGAUGACUGGUGGGUAGAAUACUUUGAUGCCGUCGUCGUUGCGACGGGGCACUACUGGGUCCCGUACGUCCCGCACAUCGAGGGUCUCGAGGAGUUUGAAAAGGCUCGUCCGGGAAGCGUGAUUCACAGCAAGCACUUUCGCGGACGAGAUCAAUUCCGCGACAAGCGCGUCGUCGUAGUAGGCGCGUCAGUCUCAGGCGCAGACAUCUCAAUUGACCUCGUCAAGACGGCAAAACUCCCCAUCUACUCCGUCGUAAACGGCCGCAAAGCAAACCUCUACUUUGGCGACGGCGCCUUCAACCACCCUUCCAUCUCGCGCCGCGCCACAAUCGCCCGCAUCGACGCAUCCACAAGAACAGUCUACUUCCAAGACGGCACCUCCGUGUCAGAAGUCGACAACAUUGUCCUAGCCACGGGCUUCACGUGGACUCUCCCCUUCCUACCCUCCGUCUCGCUGCGCAAUAACCGCGUCGUAGGGCUCUACCAGCAUGUAAUCUACCACGCCGACCCUUCGCUGCUCUUCAUCGGCGCCGUGGCGGCCGGUCUGACGUUCAAGAUCUUUGAGUGGCAGGCUGUCCUCGCGGCGCGCGUGCUGGCUGGGCGGGCAAAGUUGCCGUCCAAGGAGGAGCAGGCGAGGUGGGAGGCGGAGAGGGUGAAGGAGAAGGGGGACGACAUCCGGUUCUCGCUUGUGCACCCGCACUUUGAGGAAUAUUUUGAAACUCUGAGGGAACUUGCGGGCGAGCCGGAGAAUGGGGUAGGCAGGCCGCUGCCGGUGUAUGACCCGUCUUGGUUCCGGGUGUUUAUGGACGGGUUGGAGUUGAGGAAGGACAUGUGGGUGAGGCUGAAUGCGGAGGCGGGGGAUAAGCUUGCUUCGGGAGGCGAGGCGGCGAAUGGAGUUGGGAAGGAGGGUGAGAAGGGUCCUAUUGUGACUACGAUUGAAGCACCGCAGGAGGUACGGUAGACUUGGAUGUAAUACAAAAACGAGUCGAAAAGUAUUUGUCUACCUGGCAACAUCACAGGUAAAGGCGAUACAUGCCAGGGCGUGACUGACAGUCCUGUGGUGGGCGCUGGAUUUGCGACAUCUUCAUGGUGUAUUUUUGUGCCCAAGCAUCAAGGCUAGGUGAGUAAGUUCAGUUGGAGAUAGGUAAGGCAGCCAGUAAUAACGAUACGCUCGCAAAACCAAAGUCCUCAGACAAGGGUUGGGUACUUGUACUGACCACCAUCCGAUAAACAUAGACUCGCGCUGCCUACCAAUGACGUUCUUACACUCAAUUAAGCCACGUGAUCAUUGAGCAUAACCCGGAUCCUUUCGUUCCCUAGACGAACCAGACCGUCUCG